AUGAUCACACCGUCCAGCAUCGCCGGUAGCUUCGGCGGGGCCAUCAACAUGACCGCCUGCAGCGCUGCACCUUCAUGGAAUGCGCAGCAGCCCGCCGUCCGCUCAGCCACAGUGACGCUGCAGCAGCUCGGCGGCUUCAGUAUGCGGAAUCUGUCGAUCUAUGGCACGGGCGGCGACUCGCUCCUCAAUGUGUAUUUUAAACUAGUGGUGGAUGGCCGCGUCGUGUACGAGAGCGAGGUGGCUCGCAGUACGCUGAACCCCGUCUGGGUGCCAUUCCAGUCUGAGGACGACGGAAACAGUGGACUUAAAGGAAUGGAGACACUGCUAAGCGGUGGCACUAGAUUCGACAUUGUGGUGGUGCGUGUGCACGACCGUAAAGCCACGAAGCGGUCGCGGCACAAGACGCGCUCCAUGUGCGACCGCUUGUCCCUUGGAGACGAUCAACCCAUUAACAACUCGCGAUCGUUCGCAGACGCCAAAACCAGUUUCGACGAUACAGACGACGGCAGUACGAAUGACGCAAUGAUGGACACGGAAACGCCGACAAACGCCAUUGGGACUUCUUUGAAUACUUUUGAAGAGGAAAUAUUAAGUCUAAGCUUUGGCAUGCGAGAGCUCGAGCCGCUGCCUGUAGCUCUCACAGAACUGAUGAACCUGCCACUGAACACCUGUCUGUUCGAGUUCUCAGGCCACAUAUAUGUGCAUCGUGAGGUGAUUGAACUUCUGGCUGAGAAGGGAAUGAUCGCUCCAAAACACUCGAGGAGGAAAGGCUCAGCGAUUCCUUUAAAAGACUACAGUCUGCAUAAAGGCGUGGACGCACUGGAACACAUUUUGACUACACGACAGAAGAUCAACGAGCUGAGCAAGACGAAUGCAGCGCUGAAAGAGCGAAUUCGGAACAAACUACUGCACUCUCAGCAGCGCAUUGCACGCGAACAGCAACGCACCACACUGGAGGAGCGCGUUCGACUAGCGAAAGUACAAGUGGCGGAGAAACAGCACACACUUGCGCGAUUGAAGGCCGUCAUGCACGACGAACGUAGGACAUUCGACACGGAUAUUCACGUUCCGAAAGCCUUGGUGAGCACUAUGCAAAUGAGUCUGCGCUACAAGGACGAGCGUCAGAGUAUCCUUGAACGUCGAUGCGGAGUGCUGCGUGCUGCGCACAAGAUCCGCUCUCGACAAGCGAUGCUUGUCAAGCAGCUUGGUACGGUGUACCCUAUCGAGUAUGUGGGGGCUGGGGAGUACAGCAUUCGUGGCAUUCGUAUCGCCAACUCGGACUUCACAGGUGGCGGUAGAAAUGACGAGGAUAUGAUCUCCACCGCUCUGGGAUACAUCGCUCAUCUGGUGUUUAUGCUCAGCAAGUAUCUUCAAGUGAAUCUUCGGUAUCGCGUUGUGCCAUACUCCUCUCGGUCGUUUUUGAAAGACGAAAUUAAUGAUCCUCAGGGUGAAUACCCAUUGUACAGGAAAGGAGUGGAGAGGGAACGCCACGAGAAGGCCAUUCGUUUUCUUCGCAAGGAUGUGGAGCAGCUUCUGUUUGCUCGAAGCUUGGAUCCUACAUUAGAAGCACCCAUUCUGGCUCGACUGAAGGAACUUACAGACGCUGAAAGCGCAUGGCUUGCAAUUGAUCGGAACCUAAGCAACAAUGCGAGUAGUAGCAAUGGCACCGCCGAUACGGGCGCCAUCGUGACCAGGUAG